GGAUCUUCCAUCUGGGACGUAAGCGGAGGGUCUCGUUCUCAUAGGUGGUGUGGUGGUCCUCUUGGUAUAUUGGUAUCCUAUGGUAUCCUCAUCCUUUUGUUCGUAGGAGUAUUCGGUACUCGAAACCGUGAAUACCUUUUUGCCCCUCGCUUCCCCCGAUAAGCCUCCUUCUCGUCGUCACCACUGGUCGACUUGGGAUCUUCUUUUUCUCCAGACCUGCCGGUCCUUUUACUCUUUUCUCUCCCUCGAACCCCGUUUGCCGUGCUGGACAUUCUUUUUCCCCUUUUCCCCCUGUUCCCCUUUGCAUACGAUAUCUCCCAUAAUCGUCUAUACUAUCCCCCCUCCCCCUCUCCUCUCUGCCUAUUCGCCCGAUAUACUCCAAUCUAUACAUCAUCACCUUUGAAUAUAUACACAUCUCGUCCCGGAGGCGAUCAUAGUGACCCCGACUGGUCGGAUUCCUGACUUUUUUCCCGAAAUUUAUCACCUACUAUCUGGCUAUCUCCCGAUCUUUCUUACAUAUCAGAUCGGCUCGACUCUCCUCCUCCUCCUCCCCCUCUCUCGUCUCGGCAGCCCGCCCAGGAACCAACCUGAAACAUUCGCCCUCCGAUUCUCCACCAACGCCCAGUUCAGCCUUUCCCAGCUCUUGCUGCCACCCCCCCCCAAAGGCCCUCAACUUUCCUCCGGCCGAUCCCAUUUCCUUCGGGCCUUCGUCAAGAGAUGCUCGCGAUCGGCUAACCAUCCUUCCUUCUCUCUCCCUUCCCUCUCAUAUUUCCCCUGCACAACUCCUUGCGUCGUUUCGAACGAAAUCCGGUUGUGCAUUCCAUCUCCGUCCCUCCAUCCCUCCCCCCACUCUUCGCUUCUUCUUCGCCGCCCUCUUCCCCUCCUCGUCCCCUCCUCGUGAGAUCGAGAGAGAGCUGUGGUCAAAGAUCCCGAGUAAGCGCCACGGCCUCUACCAAAAUCAUUCCCGCAUCUUCUAUCUUUGCCCUCCUACUCCGGUGUAGCGCUGCGGCUCUUGCGAUACGAAAGCAAAAAAACAAAAUAGACUCCUCCCCGCUGGAUUCCGGGGUCAAUACUAGUGACGUGGAUCGGGUCACCGGCUUUGCGACCGCGGGUAUCGCCUCUUGAACCUUUCCUUGAACCUUUCCUUGUCUCCGAACCAACCUUGACAUCACCCGCCUCCGCCCAGAUUACGUCCCCUCAUGGCCUCGUUCCUUCCCGUCAACACCUCGGCCGCGACCGAUGACCACGCCAUGGACGGUGCGACAACUCCCCGUGCGAAUCCGAACGGCGUGCCGCCUCCCUCGGAUCGAUCCUCUCCCGCGGACCAACAGCCGGAUACGGGUGUAAAGUCAAGUCGAAGCGAUGACCCAGCGCGGGCACCAGUCUCGGGUCACUCUCGAACCGCCUCGAGCAUUUCGGACGAUGCGAUGAAUAUCGACUCGGAUGGAGAACGGGAUGGAUCCGAUCAAGAGACCGAACCGGGCGGUGCGCCUCCAUCAAAAAAGAAAAAGGGACAGCGGUUCUUCUGCACGGAUUUUCCUCCUUGCAACCUCAGCUUCACACGCAGCGAGCAUCUGGCUCGACAUAUUCGAAAGCAUACGGGCGAACGGCCCUUUCAAUGUCACUGUUCUCGACGGUUCUCGCGACUGGAUAAUUUACGGCAACAUGCGCAAACGGUGCAUGUCAAUGAAGAGAUCCCCGGAGAUUCGUUGGCAGCGACGGGCACUCGGUUCCAACGCCAGGUGCGGACGGAUCGAGUGCGCCCGACUGGCCGGGCGCGCGCUGGGACUGGACCGAGCCAGGGUGCCCACAGCCGUGGACAUAGCAGGAAUCUGUCAACCUCGAGUAUCGCAUCUACGACGUCCACCUUUAGCCAACCCCCAGAGCUUCGGCGACGACCCCCGCCACUGAUUAUGGCCAACGACCCCACCAGCCGGGCACGCUUGGGACUGGAUCCGAUGGGAGAGCCUCCGAGUACGCCGCCAGGCCAGAUUCGUGGGAUCCCUGGCCCCGCGGCUGGCGGGUCUCCUUAUACUCCGUCUAAUGUCUAUGCUGGUGGCCCAACGGCCAGCCCCCAAUAUACCUCUCCCAUGGCAUCCGCACAACAUAGCUUCUGGGAGGGCAAGACCGCCGCUCGCCGAUUGUCCGUGCCAACUAGCAGCAAUCCGUUCCUCGCACAGCAUGGCGGUGCAUAUCCCCCACCAUACGGCUCGCCCGCCGGCCCUCCCUACCCGAAUGCCGCGGGUGUCUUUGCAAGCCCAACUAGUACAAACUAUCCCGCAUCUCGGGAUGAGAGCACCCUCAGCGCCGCUGAGGCUGAAAUACGGAGGCGAACAUGGCAUCCCUCGACAUAUCCCGUAUUUGGCCGACCAUCUACAAGCGGGUUGAGCCAAUACCACACACCCGAUACCGUUCAGGGACCACCCUUGAUGGGAGGAAAUAACUCUGCAGAGCAACCACCCCGGCUACCCGGAAUUGAGAGUUUCGACAAAGUCGUGUCUCAGCACCGUCCCCUGACUCCGCCGACCCGCAAAGCGAGUCCCAUGCAAAUUGACAGUCAACACCGUCCUCCACCUCCGAACCAUAGUUUUGGUUCUGGCUACAACUACGGCGCUCCAUCGGUGCGCCCCGCGCCUCCAAUAUCGGGGCCCGGUCACCGUCGCGGCCACGUGUCGUGGGACAUGUCCUUGCACCACAAUCUCACUGGACUUGACAUUCGAGACCGACGAGCGUCUCGGGAUGCUAGCCAGUGGAGUCAGCAGACUAUUGCCGAGCUCCACAAUGUCUCUUCCCGCCCUUCGUCCUCGUAUCAGCCAACAUUCCCGCCCACGGUUGAGCGCAGCCCAGAAGAGCAUCGGGGCCAUACAUCGAAUUUGUCAACGAGCAGUCGCCCGGCGCAUACAUCACCCGAAGACUCCAGCAGCAGCGAGGGAGUUCACACUCCAUCCACGGCGUCGGUCGAAUACCACCCAGCUAUCGUGCACAGCAGUGGAUAUAUUGAAUCGCACGACUCGUCAUUACCAUCCGAGCAUCCUCAACCGAUCUGUGGGCGACAAGCCUCCCACGCCGGCGGCUACCCGGGACACGCCGACCAAGAGCCCCGAUCCGAUGUCUAUUCAAACUCGUCUGCACGAGACAAUGGUAUGGGCCGGCUCGAGGCCUUGGUUGCCGUCGCAACGAGUGAGAACAAAGGUGCCGCCAGAUUGUUCUUGUAAAAUUGAUAUUCGACAUGUGCGGGAGAUUCCCGGGGCCUCGCCUAUAAUACCUAUUUACCAUUAACCUUUUCUCUCCAACCCGACCUUUCUUCUUUUCUCUUAUCUUCUUCCCACCAGAAUGGCCUCUUUUCCCGGCUUCGCGAAUCUAAGCUUUUCGCUGGCACCCUACUCAACACUCAUGUCGAACCUCAAUACUCACCGAUUGUGAGACAAUCUUUUUUUUCCAUUUACCAUCCGGGAAAACGUGCGGGUCUCGCUCUUCGAGACCGCUCAUCCUUGACGAAGUAACGACCUUGAUGAUUUUAUACAUGAAACUGGUUUCAUCUCUCUUUUCUAUCUGACCCGAUCUGAUCUGCUCUGUGUUCUCAUUUCCCUGUUCGGGAGUCUCGUGUCUGUCUCAGAGUUGCCGAUUUCUCUGCUGCAUGUCCUGGCGUUCGAGCAGGAGCGUUUGGAUGGAAUCGUGUGUGCAUACGAUACCCGCCUCGAAUCAAUCGUUUUGGUGUCUUGUUCUCCAUUCACCCCAUCUCUCCCUCCUCUGUGUUCAACCUCCCUCCUCGUAUCUCGAGUCUGGGCGUGAUUUCGAUCAUCUCGAAUAUGCUUAGUCUCCCUCCCCCUUACUACACUCCAUUCUCGCACUCUUUACCAUGCCCGGUUUUCCUUUUCCGAUGAUGUUCAUGCAAUUUGUUUUGUGUGGUGGGCCUCAUCUAGUUUCUGCUUUUGUCUUAUUAUAUUUACCUUUUUGAUCAUGUGGUGGAAUUCAUCAUGUCCAUGUUUUAUGUCGUCUACGGCCGUUGUUAGGAUUGUUAUGAACUUAGGCUUUGACCUCGAUAUGACUGCAAUGCCAAUUUUGAACAAACACAAUUGGUUUGUUCCCCCGAAUUAGUGGACUGAGAGGAGAUCAUUAGAAGCCAAGGCCGGU